AUGAUGCAACCUACGCCUGCCCCGUCGUCUGCCCCGGGGUCUCCCCGCACAGAAGCGGACGAGAAGGAAGAAACGAGCAAGACUGAGGAGACGAUGUCGUAUCCUGUUCCUCCUCAGAACGCCGGGAGCGCGCCAUUUCAUGUACUGUCCGGGCUGUUUGACAGACUUGCUGCUGAACGCAAACCGGAUAGACGAAGGAAACUACUCGCUGCUUGGUUCAAUCAUUGGAGGGAGGAGAAGGGAUUUGACUUGUAUCCAGUCUUGCGUCUUAUUCUACCCCAGAAAGAUAAAGAGCGCGCCGUGUACGGUCUGAAAGAGAAGAAUUUAGCCAAGACGUACAUCAAGUUAAUUCCGUUAGGAAUGCGCGAUCCAGAUGCUAUACGCUUGCUCAAUUGGAAGAGGCCAACUCAGCGAGACUCCAGCUCUGGCGACUUCUCAGCGGUAUUAUUCGACGUCGUCAGCAAACGUUCUUCUGUGAUUGAGGGAACCUUGACCAUUGACCAUUUGAACGAGUUGCUUGAUGAGUUAGCCUCGAGCAUGGGCAAACAGGACUUGCAAUCCAAAAUACUUCAGCGUAUUUACAAUCGCUCAACGCCAGAGGAGCAGCGUUGGAUUGUCCGUAUAAUUCUCAAAGACAUGAACAUAUUGGUGAAGGAAACCACCGUGUUCGCUGUGUUUCACCCAGAUGCUCAGGACCUCUAUAAUACUUGCUCCGACCUCAAGAAGGUGAUCUGGGAGCUUUGGGAUCCAGAACGUCGUCUCAACUCUGAAGAUAAAGAAAUACAUCUCUUCCGAGCCUUCGCUCCUAUGCUCUGCAAGCGACCUACGAAGAAGAUUGAAGAAUCUGUUAAAGAGAUGGGAGGUAGUGAAUUCAUCAUCGAGGAGAAACUAGACGGGGAGCGAAUGCAGCUGCAUAAACGCGGAAAUGAGUAUUACUAUUGCUCGAGGAAGGGGAAGGAUUACACGUAUCUGUACGGCAAGCAUGUUGGUGCUGGCAGUUUGACGCCAUACAUUGACAAGGCUUUCGACGAGCGAGUAGAAGAAAUCAUCUUGGACGGAGAAAUGCUGGUAUGGGAUCCAGUGUCUGAACGCAAUCUACCUUUUGGCACUCUCAAAACAGCUGCUUUGGAUAGAUCCAAGAAAGAGCUCAAUCCUCGACCAUGCUUCAAAGUGUUUGAUCUUCUAUAUCUCAACGGACAAUGCAUCCUCCACAAAUCCACUAACUUCCGUAAGAAGAACAUGCGGAACUGUAUGACCGAGAUCCAAGGGCGGAUUGAAUUCGUCAACGAAUAUAAGGGGAAGACGGCGAAGGAUAUACGGACAAAGAUGGAUGAGGUUAUGGCUAGUAGGGGAGAGGGUUUGGUACUGAAGCAUCCGGGCUCGCAGUAUGUGUUGAAUGGGAGGAACAAGGAUUGGAUCAAGGUGAAGCCGGAGUAUAUGGACAAUAUGGGAGAGACCGUAGAUGUUCUCGUUGUUGCGGGCAACUACGGAAGUGGCAAGCGCGGUGGGGGCGUAUCCACGCUAAUCUGUGCAGUUUACGAUGAUAGACGCCAAAAUGACGACGAACCCAAGUACAGCACUUUUGUUCGUAUCGGCUCUGGGCUUUCCUUCGCAGAUUACGUAUGGGUCCGCAGUCUUCGAUGGAAAACCUGGGAUCCCAAGAACCCUCCCGAGUUCUUGCAGACGGCCAAAAAGACGCAGGAAGACAAGGGAGAUGUUUAUCUUGAGCCCGAGGACUCGUUUAUCCUCAAGGUCAAAGCGGCGGAAGUCGUAGUCUCAGAUCAAUACCAUCUUGGAUACACUAUGAGAUUCCCCCGCGCGUUAUCUAUCCGCGAGGAUCUCAGCAUUGCGGACUGCAUGUCGGCUACCGCUGUAUUGGACACACUUCGUGCUGAGAGGAAGCGGAAGUUGGAGAGCGACACGGCAGUUGCUACGAAGAAGAAACGGAAGACAACUACAAAGAAGGUUACCGUGCUCCCAGAAUACCGCGGUGCCAACUUGAAGGAAGUCCCCGUUGAAUCAUACCUUUUUGAUGGUAUGCACUUCAUGGUCUCGUCUGACCCCAAAUCACGGACUGGCGACAAGGAUAAAAAGGAGCUGAUGAAACUUAUUCAUGCUCACGGCGGAAAAUGUGUCCAGAUAGCAAGAGAGCAGCCCAAGCUCUUCGUCGUCUAUGGCGGGACGACUACUCCGUAUGAUUUAAAGCUCCUCAUCAAUAAGGGCGUCCAUGAUAUCGUGAAGCCUGUGUGGAUCGAGGAUUCAGUGGCGAGCGGCAAGCUAGUCCCUCUCAGUAAGAAAUACUUCUUCCACGCAACUGUGCGACGCCAAGAAACGGCCGAGUAUAAUGAAGGCGCAGACUCGGAUACUACAAUGGACGACGGGCCAGUUACGGCAGGCCCAAGUGCCCAGGCCAAUGAUUCCGAAACGGAAGAUGAUGGCUCGGAUUCGGAAGACAAAGCCCAAGUAAAGGAAGAACAACCCGAGGAUCCCUCAUUGGCCGAGUGGUUUACCAUCUCCGAUGACAAGAAGGCACCGGCUCCCGCAGCUAACGCGAAUGAUUCAGAGACCGAGCCUGAUUCGGAUAAUGCAGACGUCGCGGACGAAGGCGAAGAUCACUGGGAUGAUGAGUACGUCCACGUCUCGCAAGAAGGAGAAGAGGUCAAGGAAGAAGUCAAAGAAGAAGUCCUAGAAAAAUUGAAAACGGAAGAAAUGGAGGAUGUAAAGAUGGGCGAAGACGCUCAGGCGAUGGAAUACGACCAGGAGAAGAUAUUCCGGCACCUUUGUUUCUACCUGGACUCUCCCGCGAACGCACGAAAGAACGAGAUGCCUGUCAAAAGCAAGUACGAAAACGACAUUAACCAAAGUUUUGCCCAAAUCGCGACUGUGAUUACAGAGAAUGGCGGCAAAAUAGUUGGAAUUGACGAGCCAAAGCUUACCCACGUCGUUGUCGACAAGCGAGACGACAGUCGUAGGGUGGCGUUGAUGAGUAGAACUUCGAAGCCUAAACGCCGGCAUUUGAUCAUAUCAGAGUACGUUCAGGCGUGUCUCGAUGAGGCUACGUUGUUGGACGAAGAUGGUGAGUCGCAUUCUGUAGCCCUGCGGCCAUGA